GGCGCUCUCGUUAAUUUUCCCUUCAUCUUACAUACUAUGUACAUGAAUUUACAUGAAUUUACAUGAAUUUCCAUACGAUUGAUCAUUUUCAGAACUUCGACAUUCCUCAUCAACCCGACCCCAACAAGCAUGACUACUACCCAGUAGAAGUAAUAAAUGAAAACAAGUCACAAAUAUGUCACGUCCCCUACGGUCUAGCUGUGAUCGUUGUCAUUCUCAAAAGCUCAAGUGUCCCAAAGAACCCGGACUUUUCUCAUGUACGAGAUGUCUAAAAGCUGGAUCUACAUGCGUAUUCAGUCCGGCUGGUCCGAGUAUCCGACGCGCUAAUACCCCUACUACCGCCUUCUUAGACGGCAGUCUUAGCAGUCUAGACAUGCAGUUCGAUUGGUCUUGCCCCGGCCCGGGGAAUUCUCUAGGAGCAGACCCUCCUGAAUUUAUCAUGAACCAUUCACAGCCGGAUGUAUCCCAAUCGGCCGAGACAGAACCAGACCCAGUCUCGCAGGAUCCACGGUCAAUCUGUGUUCGACAGCUAACCACCUUAGCUGCUGAGCUUGACCAAGUAUCUUUAGAUCUUACAUCUGUAUUACAUAUUCAUAUACCCCAAAAUGAGCUCCUUGAAGAUGGACAUGCCAAGCUCUUUGGCCACUUUGCCCGUCGUGGUUUCGUCGAUCGGCUCUUCAUCUUGGUACAACGUCUUACCGAGAUCUACCCCCAAGCGCUAGAGCUUCUAUUCGAUACGCUCAAUCCUCCCCAGUGCCAAGAUCCUGAUUGCUUUCAUACUCUUAAAAUACCUAACGAACUACACGAAUUAUUCUCAGGCUUGGACGAUAAUCAAAACGAAGUCGAUGUCUUCCUCUUUAACCUUUUGGUAUUAUGUCACGGAAAAGUCGUAGAUGUAAUGGGGUCCUUGAUCCUUUGCGCCAGACUGUGCUCGCUGACUACGGUAGCCUCUCCGAGUCUACACCAAUCAGGCGCGCACAUUUCUGAAGUUCGUAUUGGAAGCUUCGUUGCCAACAAUUCGGCAGCGUCGACGAUGCAAGUAGUUCUCUUGAUACACCUUACCUCCGUUCUCCUAGAUUACUCUCGGCAACUGAGUGAGCGGACAACUAAAAUGGUGGAGCAUGAGUCCAAUAGUAAACAAGGUCAAGUGCUGUUACUCCAAUGCCAAAUAUUGGAAGAGAAGGUUGUUGGAAAGAAGAAAUUAUUGGAAAAGGUCAAAGUUUGGGUAGCAAAGCCUGAUAUUGUAAAAUUAUUAGCAACAAGCUCAUGAGUUACGAGAAAAGGUAUCACUUGAUUAUCUAAAUACCUACCUGGCCUAGAUACUAACCUAGGUGGCAUAUAUAGCUGUUCACAUAUAAAGUAGUGCAAGACACAAGAAUGCUUUUAAGAA